CUUAGAUCCCUAGUUUUUUGAUUUGGUUUGGUGUUUUCAAUCUGUUUGCUGUGUUCCAUAGAGAAGAAGCUAACCGGGACAUGGGUAUUUUUGCCGUGGAAUAAAGUCGGUUAUUUCGCACAAGAUUGAAGCAAUAUGAACAAGAGUAACUUGGGGUCCGUCAGCAGCUCCGAUCUCAUCGAUGCAAAGCUCGAAGAGCAUCAGCUGUGCGGAUCCAAGCAGUGCCCUGGUUGCGGUCACAAGCUUGAAGGAAAACCGGACUGGUUAGGUUUACCAGCCGGAGUUAAAUUUGAUCCCACAGACCAAGAACUGAUAGAACACCUUGAAGCUAAAGUUGAAGCUAAAGACAUGAAAUCUCACCCUUUGAUCGAUGAAUUCAUCCCCACCAUUGAAGGAGAAGAUGGCAUUUGUUAUACCCAUCCUGAGAAACUCCCAGGAGUAACCACAGAUGGGUUGAGCAGACAUUUCUUCCAUAGACCGUCAAAGGCCUACACCACCGGGACACGAAAACGUAGGAAAAUCCAAACCGAAUGCGACUUACAAGGCGGAGAAACGAGGUGGCAUAAGACCGGAAAGACGAGGCCGGUGAUGGUGAACGGCAAGCAGAAAGGGUGCAAGAAGAUCCUUGUCCUCUACACGAAUUUUGGCAAGAAUCGGAAACCGGAGAAGACAAAUUGGGUGAUGCAUCAGUACCAUCUCGGUCAACACGAGGAAGAGAAGGAAGGAGAGCUCGUGGUGUCCAAGAUCUUCUAUCAGACUCAACCGAGGCUGUGCAACUGGUCGGAUCGAACAACGACGACGACCGUAGAAGCAACCGAUGUCAUUGCCAAUGAUCCGAAUAGCCGACGAGAUAGUGGUAGUGGGAGGAGUUCUUCUUCGAAGGACGUAAUCCCUCUUAGAGAUGAAGUCACCGGAGUUGCAGCAGCUUUAUCGAGUUAUGCUGCCGGUGCUGCCAUGGAUAUCCAACAGUUAAAAUCCGAUCAUUUCAGUUUCACUCCAUUCAGAAAAAGCUUCGACGAGGUGGGGAUCGGAGAAGCUUCGGCCUCCAGGGAAGCUCCGGUUCAAGGAACUUGCGAAGAGAUACCUGAGCAUCUCCGGCCGCAUCAUAUAGCUCACGAUCAUCAUCAGCAACAUCACCACCACCAACAACAACAGCAACAACAACACACGCAUCAUCAGAUGGCUACGACGGCCUUCCAGAUUAGCAGGCCAUCGCAUCCUAUCUCCACCAUUAUCUCUCCACCUCCCCUCCACCACACCUCUAUCAUUCUCGACGACGAUUCCUUCAAUGUCUCCAGGAUAAUGCUUCAAAACGAAAGCUUCCAGCAGCAACAGCAUCAACAACAGCAGCAGCAGCAGCAGCAACAGCAGCAGCAGCAGGAGCAACAUUACAGACUGGGAGGAAGGUCUGCAUCAGGUUUGGAGGAACUAAUACUGGGUUGCACUUCAUCUUCAGAUAUAAAAGAAGAAUCAUCCAUUACAAACCCACAAGAAGCUGAAUGGUUGAAGUACUCUUCAUUCUGGCCUGAACCUGACAACCAGGAUCAUCAUGGGUAGAAGCAAAAAAAAAAGACAAAACAAAGGAAAUUCCUUACAGACAUCAUCAUUAUUAGUACUUGAAGCAUACUGGUCAAGUUCUUUUCAAGGAGAAAGGCCAAAGAAAAAAACCCAUCUAUUACUAUAGUUUUUCUCUCUCUUUUUUUAUUCUUUUUUUCUUCUUCUAAUGGGGGAGGACCAGAGGGACCUGGUUUACAUGUCUUUCAAAGUCUCGAAUGAACUAACUGCAAAACAGUCCAUGUUGGAAAGAGAGAAAGAACAAAAGGAAAAAGAAGAAGAAAGUAAAGAAAAGAAAGCAAGAGGUGGAAAAAGGCUGGUCUCUACUGACAAAUAGGAGUGCCAAAAGCAAAAAAAAAAAAAAAAAAAAAUCCCCUUCCCUGCAUGAAAAUCAACACAAUUAUGAUGA